UCUCGAGCAACUUUGUUAUCAAUUUUGCUUUUCUGGCAAACCAAAAUUUCAAAGACUUUAACUUCUUAUUUUAACAUAUUCAAAAGAAAGGAUCACUAUGGACAACAUGAGCAAUGACUACGGUCAAGAUGACUACUAUGAGGAGGCAGCAAACGGCACCAUGUGUGACUUUGAUGAAUGGGAGCCAUCAUAUUCCUUGAUUCCCAUACUCUACAUGCUCAUCUUCAUCCUGGGUCUCACCGGUAACGGUGUGGUCAUCUUCACCGUCUGGCGGGCCCAAAACAAACGGAGAGCUGCUGAUGUCUACAUAGGAAACCUGGCCCUCGCGGAUCUGACCUUCGUGGUGACUCUUCCCCUCUGGGCCGUGUACACAGCACUGGGAUACCACUGGCCCUUUGGCAUCGCCCUCUGCAAGAUCAGCAGCUAUGUGGUUUUGCUCAACAUGUACGCUAGCGUCUUCUGCCUCACCUGUUUGAGCUUGGAUCGCUACAUGGCCAUCGUGCACUCCCUCACCAGCACGCAGCUGCGUACCAGAGGACACAUGCAGGCAUCCCUGGCCGCCAUCUGGAUUUUAUCCGGAGUGUUGGCUUCACCCACGCUGCUUUUCCGCACAACGGUGUACGAUGCCGACACCAACCGCACCUCCUGCGCUAUGGACUUCAGCCUGGUGGUUACCAAACAAGGCCAAGAGCAGCUGUGGAUCGCAGGCCUCAGCCUCUCAUCCACAGCUCUCGGCUUUCUGAUCCCCCUUCUGGCAAUGAUGGUAUGCUACGGUUUCAUCGGCUGCACCAUCACACGUCACUUCAACAGCCUGCGCAAGGAGGACCAGCGCAAACGUCGCCUGCUAAAGAUCAUCACCACGCUUGUGGUGGUGUUUGCCGCCUGCUGGAUGCCCUUCCACGUGGUGAAGACCAUGGACGCCCUGUCUUAUCUGAACCUGGCGCCCGACUCCUGCACCUUCCUUAACCUCCUCCUGCUGGCACAUCCCUACGCCACCUGCCUGGCGUACGUCAACAGCUGCCUCAACCCACUCCUCUACGCCUUUUUUGACCUACGCUUCCGUUCUCAAUGCCUCUGUCUGCUGAAUUUAAAGAAAGCCCUUCAUGCCAGCCCGCCCAGCUCACUUUCUUCACAAAAGACAGAGGCCCAGUCUCUGGCUACGAAGGUGUGAGGAGGCCACAAAACUGAUGGAUGAAGUCAACAACGACCCUCGAACUGUUACACCCUUCACAUGAACUCAAAGGUAAAUCAAUUGAUGUUGGGGACAAACAGACUUUGCUUUUGUGGGAACUCGAGGAACCGUCCUCCCCUGUCCCGUGACUACACGUUGGUACUUUGAAUGACAUUCUGGUUCUGAGGAACCUGUGCCGUGGGUGUCUCUGAGACCACAAGCUGAUGGAGAUCUUGGAGAGCCGAAACCCCUCCGACAGCUGCACUCCAGACGUGCAGAACUCAGUUGAAUGUACGGGUGGGGGCGUUUUUCUGCCUCUUCACCUCAUAUGGGCACAUCGGUGCCCCUGGAGAUCGAGGUUCAUAGACUUUGCUGUUAGUUGGAGCUGCAGGGGAGGGUUGUGGGUGGUUGUUUCGGAGAGCAAUUUAUAUGCUCUUUUGACACUGCAUGAUGUAUUUAACUGUGCUCCUUACUGUGCAUCUUGUUUUUUUAUUUUUUGGUUGGUUAUUUGUUUUUCAUCCUGUAAGCACUUGUUCAUAAGGGGCAGAGAUAAGAACCCUGUUGGUCAGUCUGUCUUAUCUAAGUCGUCAAGUUAGGGGAGGAAGGGAUGGGUGACUCACUUGAGAAGAAGUGUUGCAGCUUGAUUAAAGACUUUCGGGGGGAGGUGGGGGAGACGAAAGCAUUGGGGGGGCUCAGACAGACAGAUGGCAGCUAACAAAUGUUGUCGGGGAAGCGGGACGCCCAAUUAAAAGGUGGCAGCUUCGACAGAUGAGAUACUGAUGCUAGAGUUUGUGUGCGUGUGUGAGCUAAUGAAAUGUGUGUAGGUAAACUGAUGAAUUAUGUUUCCUAACAUUGAAAAAAGAAACUGUUGUAUGAUGCUGUUAUGUAAUACUUUAUGAAAUAA